AUGAUCAAAGACGAACUCAAGUGGUAUUAUUUGUUAGAAGCAAGUCACAAUGAAACAACAGUGAUCUUACCAACAACAAUGUUCUUAUUGUCCACAACCGUGGAAACAACAAUCAACACACGACGGCAACUAACUUCAACAAAUCCUAAAACACAUGUCGUAGAGGAUGGACCGCUACAAAUUCAUCGACAAGGUCAACAGACAACGCAAUGGUAUUCAAAUUCAAUGAAACGUUAUAACCGAUCGUAUGAAGCGAAAAAUGAUACAAUGAAACAAGUUAUUCGAUUACUUAUUACAUCAGCAUCAUUGUAUGAUGAAAACCUUGAUCGUAAAUUGGUUAAAAUACUCCAGUAUCGUCCCAAACGAAAUAACACAGAACAAGAAGCUGCAUCAUUGAUCAGAAUUCACUGUCUAACAUCAAGUGGAGAUAGCUCAACGGUGUCAUUGACACAGUUGAUCAUUCAAGCAUGCACAAGUGGAAAACAAAAACUGAAAACGAUGUGGAAAUUUGUGUGCUCGUCCACAUGGCUCAUGGUUAUCAUGCUCUCACUGGCAUUAUGUCCUGGCAGUCAUCAACCAACAAAUGAUACUGGUUCUCACAUUAAUUUAAUAUUAAUGGGUGUUCGUUUAGAUGGUGGAACAUUCUUCGAACAAUGGAAACAUAAAUGGAAAUCGACAAGCUUUGACAAAAUUGGUUAUUCAUCCAUUGAAAAUGAAUUACGAUUGGUACUAUUCGAUCCCCAUUAA